UCAGCUAACCAUGAAUCCUUACAGGGCUGGGCUGGGCUCUUAUAGGGUUUAUAAUUUUUUGGCUGGACUCUUAUAGGGACUAUUUUUUUUUUUACUCUUAUUGGGUAUAUAAUUACUAGUAUUAAAAUCAAAAAUAAAUUUCCAAAGAAAUUUCCUCCUUUCUAACGUCAGUUUCAAUAAAACAAAAAAAAUUCCCUUUCAAAAUCCCCUAUUUCCCCCAAAUGAUGAACCCUAAAAAAAUUCCCAAUUCUAAAUCUUCAAUUUAUCACCUUCUUGCUUGCCGCUCUCAAUCGUUGAUUCCGUCAUAUCAUUUCAAUUACCAAGGUAUGUUGUUCGAUUUCGCUCAAUUCUUCUCGAUCAUAUUCAAGUAGUACAUUUUAAUUUCUUUUUUCAAUUAUUUUGAUUUGUUUCAUCUGGAAUUUGUAUGUUUUUGUGAUUUUCAUUAUUAAUGAGAAGAUUAAUGUAGUUUCCUAUGCAAUUUGUAUGUUUCUUCUAUUGCUAAUUUUGUCAAUUUAGUUUAGUUUGAAAUUAGGAGCUCUGUUUAAUAGAUCUGCAAUGAAAUUUGGUUGCGGCUGAAUGAUUAUUUCACCUUUUUAAGAUUCUUUUUGCUAAGUUGAUGUUGUUCAAUAAUAGGUGGUUUUCAAUAGUUUUUCUAGCUUUGCUUUUUAUCCUAAUGUGUUCGAUAACAUUAUAAAAUUGGAAACAAACUAUUUGUUUGCUAUUUUGAAUGUUCCUUGUUGAAUGAUUUGCUGGUUUCGUGUAAACGAGUUGCCGAACCUACUGCGUAACAUUGUUUUCGCCUUUUGAUCAUGAAUUCAUUAGAUUUUUGUUCGGAAUUCGUAAUAUUUUCGACCUUUUUAAAUUUUAAUCGUCAAGUUAUAAUUUUUGUUCAAAAUCCUACUUGGGUUUUCCUUAACAUGUAAUUUGAUUGUUCAUAUUUGUAUUUUCUGGGUAUUAUAUAAUGUUUUUGGGUAUUUUUUGCUCUCACUAUUUUUGUUUGUCUUCAAUUGCUGCUAUUUAAUUUUAAUUUCGUCAUUUCAUUUUUGUUUUUGGGUAUUUAACUUUGUUUCCUUGGCACAGCACUAUGCAAUUCAGCCUAACAAGAGAUAUUGCGAAGGAACUUAACAUUCGAAAGUGACCAAUGCCAACGCUGGCCUAGUAUAUAAUUCCUCGGUCUUUGUGAAUGAAUUGAGUUUCUAGAGUGAGAAUGAUGCUGUGGAUUGAAGGAGGAGGUGGAAAAAGUGGUGACCUUUCUGCUAGUACUUCUACUGGUACAAGUACUAGUUCUAUAUACACGCUGCGGUCUCGCAAGGUAAUUAGGCAACAUGUACCCUCUGGUUUCCCAAAACGGAAGCGAAGUCGUCCCGGCAUUUUUAAACCCUCGAAAGCUCUUCUGCAAGAAAUUCACAGACUUGUGGAGAAAAAGGAACUAAAACCAUUUUGUUGCGACAUCCUAAACUUGGUUACUGAUGAUUGCCACAUGCUCUCCUCCAACUCUGACUCUGACUCUCGCUUUUCUGAGGACUUGUCUCCAGUUCAACUUGCUCAAUUUCCAUUGUCUACGGUUACUCAUCGCAGCACUCGCACUCCCAAAGUUGUUGACCGUUCUUGUAGUCGGCUUAAAGAGAAUCUUCAAGCCAAUCUUGAGUUAUAUGCUGCCAUGGCAAAGUUAGCCCUAGAAUACUACAAUUUUAAGCAGCAUACCAAUCUGAAAUUUACGGAAGUUACUGCUGCAUCAGAGGACUGGGAUUCGGAUACCGUAGAGAGAAUUCAUAUUAACUUCAUUGCUGCUUCCUCCGAUGGUGAUUUUCAGAGUCUAAUUUUUGCUGAAUUGAUAAAUGAUCCCCUCCUGCAUCCGGAUUCGUCUGGAUAUUACGUGCAAGGGUGCUGUGUGAUAGAGAAGGUUGAUUCUGCUCACUUCAACAAGCUUUGCCCUUCCCACGAAGUUCAGCAUCCUGGCCGUCGCUAUGGAUAUCGAAUUAUCUCAGGAGAUGUGUUUAAGGGUUAUAGCUUCUGGGAUUAUCAUCCCGUUGCAUAUGAGAAGCGGCCUCAUCCCAAGUUUAAGCCAUUGCCAAUGCCAUCUGCAGAAUUGGCAAUAUACGUUGCUUCUGCCAAGAAGGCAUUACACUACUUCAAUUCUAAGCAGCAGCAGCAGCAGCUUACCACAUUCAAGGACGCAGAAGCCACUGCAGGAGCUCAUUAUAUGACAGAAGAUGAUGGAACGGUUGUUCACAUCAACUUCAUGGCUCAGUCGAUGAGUGGAUCUCAGCAAGGGUUGUUCUUCGCUAUUUUGUCAAUCCCACCGUUUGACGUUGAAUGUGACUGGGACGAUUGGAAAGAGCCCUUUGUCAAUGUGGAAGGUUGUUGUCGAUUGAACAAGGCUGAUUCUGGAAAUCCGUUUGGUAGAGAUUGUAAGCUUUGCAGAAUUUUCAAUGUUGGAAGAGUUAUUCAUCCCAGUCCAAGAGAUGGUUACAUUGCUGCUGAGGGAGAUGACUUUGCUGAUUAUGAUUUUAUGAAUAUGGGCAGUGGUAUCUACUGAUGAGUAGUGGUAUCUACUGAUGAGUUUGCACGGGUGGCUUUUAUAUUUAUGUGUUGGGCAGGUGAUAUGAUUUGCAUGUGUAAAGCUUUUGGGAUAAUAUUUAUAUUUUUUGUCUUAGGGAAAAUGCCACUUUAUUGCAUUUUAAAAGGAAUAGUUGAUACUGAUGCAUGCUUUUUUAUUUGUAAAAUUAUGUCUAUUAUGUGUUUCCAUUAUUACAUUAUGUCUUCUUAGGUUACAUUCAUGUUCAUUAUGUCUGGUUAGUUUUAA